AUGAAGUUCGCCACCGUUUUUGGUACUCUUCUCGCCGCCGAGGCCGUGCUUGGUGCUCGCUUCACUGAGCAGCGCCGCCAACGUGCUGCUGAGCGCAAGGCCAAGCGUGCUCUUGAUCGAACAAGUCUGCCCCGUAUCAAGGCUGAUGACAGUAUCGUCGAGGGCCUUGACAUUGGCAACGAGACCGCCCACGUCGAGUACUCGACCAACUGGGCCGGUGCCGUCUUGAUCACCACGGGCGUCAAGUCCGUCACGGGAACCAUCGUUGUCCCCACCCCUUCGACCCCCUCUGGCGGCAGCUCUCGCACCGAGUACGCAGCUAGCGCCUGGGUCGGAAUCGACGGCGACACUUGUCAGACCUCGAUCCUGCAGACUGGUGUCGACUUCUACGUUGAGGGCAGCUCGGUCUCCUUCGAUGCCUGGUAUGAGUGGUACCCCGACUACGCCUACACCUUCUCUGGCAUUACCAUCAGCGCCGGUGACACCGUCACCAUGACGGUCACUGCCACCUCUACCAAGGCGGGCAGUGCUACCAUCAAGAACGUCACGACUGGCAAGAGUGUCACCCACACUUUCACUGCCCAGACCGACGCCCUUUGCGAGACCAACGCCGAGUGGAUCGUCGAGGAUUUCUCGUCCGGAAAUUCCCUCGUCCCCUUUGCUGACUUCGACACUGUCACAUUCACUGGCGCUUCGGCCACUACCAGCAGUGGUACAGUCGGCGUCAGCGGAUCCACCAUCUUGGACAUCAAGCAGAGCAACGUGGUCCUGACUUCAUGCUCCACCUCGGGCACAUCCGAGGUCAUUUGCACUUACACUGGUUAA